AUGCCUUCAGAACAUAAAAGAAAGGACUCACUUAAUCCUCGUCAUCGGUCUCAUAAAGGCUGUUGGACAUGCAAGCGGAAACGGAUUCAAUGUGACGAAAUCAGACCCGCCUGCCAACAGUGCACGAGGAAAGGGAUGACCUGCGAAGGAUACGAGAUCCGAUUACGAUGGGGAGCUGGGAUCGCUUCCAGAGGCCGAUUCAACGGAGCCGAGAAACCCAUUCAAGAGUCCAUACCACCACAUUCCAAGCGACGAUGGGAUCUGCGAGGCAAGGGCGAGCAGCGGGGAAAUGAUGACCAACAAGGACAACCCGUCCUCCUAGAGCGAGGAAUGACUGAAGCCCGAUCUUCAAACCAGCCGGUUGUCGAACGAGCUACAGUCAAUAUACUCAACGUGCCCUGUGGUCAGGAUCAACAAGACUAUGUCAAUAUUAAUAAACAUUUCGAGCUGCCUGUAUCCAUGGGAACUAUGACACAGGAGGGGGACUUGUAUAAUGACGUCCAGGAUUUUGGCACUAGCAGUGCUCAGUAUGGGGAUAGCUUCUCAGGUUCAGGAAGAUCCGCAAUUAAGACGUGA